AUGGCCAUCAAAAAUGUUGAGUACCCAAGCUGUUACCUGCCCAUGUUUCUGCCCCACGGCUUGGCUGGUUUUACAGAACAGGAAACAGUAACGGGGCUGUUUUCCAAGGAUUGCAUCCUCCCUUGUACUUUCCCACCUGGGGAUGAUGAAGUAAUUUACUGGAAGAAAGGGGACAAAAAUGUGCACAGCUACUACUACCAGAUGGAUCAGCUGGAAAGACAAGACCCAAAUUACAGACAUAGAACACACCUUUUCUACCAGAACAUUUCUCAUGGAAAUGCCUCCUUGAAACUUAGUAACUUGACUGUGACUGAUGAGGGCUCUUAUAAUUGUUAUGUAGGAACGCAGCAAACUAAAACAGAAGUUGAAGUCACCCUGCGCGUAAGAGUUUGCUCUUACUAUGCACUGGAAUACCAAAAGACAGACACAGAAAGGACUCUGAAGUGCUAUGCCUUUCUCACUUACCCAGCACCACGUAUAUCUUGGGCACAAGGCAAUACAUCCACCCAAGAAACAGGUCGGGAGGACACCAGGGAUGGAGUUCUGUAUUCUGUUAGAAGCGACCAGAACAUUAUGAACACAGCUGAUCCUUACUACUGUCAUAUUCAUCUCCCUCAUGAAGAGUGGACUGGUGAAUGGAAGAUGCAAGACGAACUGUCUACUGUGGGAGGAAGUAGCAUUGUAAUUCCUUGUGAAUACAGCAGUAACACUGCAAACACCGAAGGCUUCAGUGUUGUUUGGACGUUAACUAGAAAUGCAGUGAUCUCAGUCCUGGCCUCCUUCAAUGGUACAUCUCACUCUUACCAGCCUCGAGUCGAGAUUAACCAAAGUGACUUUUCACUGAUAUUGGUUGAUAUUACUCCAAAUGACAGCGGAGAAUAUCUGUGUAAUAUUUCAACACCUCACAACACAAAACUUACUGUGAGAACUUUGCAAGUUGAAAAUUCAGGCAACACCUCGAAGAUUGUGCUAAAAGUGAUCAUUGUACUGUUGGCGAUAGCAGCAGUAGCAGUAGCAGUAGCGGUCAUCUCUGUCUGUAUCAAGAAGAAGAGAAAUGAUGAGCAUCCUGACAUACCAGAAUGUCAUGGUUUAACUCCAGACAGCAGCUGA